AUGCCAAAGGGUAGCAACAAAUAUGUCAUAGAUCCUUUAAGUGUAAAGACUACAUGCUCUAGUGAGGAAUCCUACAUUCGAUGUGUUGAGUAUGGCAAAUCCAAAGCCCAUUACUCGAAUUGGACAUUGUUGAUGAAGGCUAUAUUGGCUGGAAUUUUUGUUGGUCUCUGUGCUCAUGCAUCAGGCAUAGCAGGGGGCCACUUCUACUACCACAAAUUGCGAGAGCACGUAGGGAUUUCAAUGAGCAUAUUCGUAUACGGAUUCACCUUUCCAAUAGCUUUUUUAUGUAUCAUAGCAACGGGAUCAGAUUUAUUUACGGGAAAUACUUUAGCUGUUACAACAGCUUUAUUACAAGGAACAAUAUCUGUAAUAGAAUACAUACGAGUGAUGAGCAUCUCUCUCUUUGGCAAUUAUGUCGGUGCAGUAGCAUUUGCAUUUUUCGUUUCCCAUGGAUCAGGAGCAUUUAAAAAGAAUAGUGAUAUAGAUAAAAAUCAUAUUUUUCAAUUUAUAAAUGAUAUUUCUACAAAAAAAGUGAAACAUACAUUUAUUCAAUGCAUAUGUCAAGCAGUUGGAUGUAACAUUUUUGUUUGUUUAGCUGUUUAUUUCGUCCUUACAAUUAAGGAUGGAUCCGGAAUAGUUUUCAGUGUAUUUUUCGCUGUCUAUGCAUUUGCCAUAGCAGGAUAUGAACAUAUAAUCGCAAAUAUUUACACACUCAAUCUUGCCUUGAUGAUAGAGACAGAUGUCACAUGGUCUAAAGUUUACUUUAGCAACUUGCUUCCAACAUUCAUUGGAAAUUACAUUGCUGGUGCCUUAGUUCUGGCAUGUCCUUUGUUUUUUAUUUAUCGCGAAAGUUACAAGAACUACAAACAGAUUGGUAGUAGCGGAAACAACUCUGCAGUGAAAAGCCUGUCUAUAGAAAUGCAGAAUAGUAGCAAUGCAAUGUAA